AUGCCUUAUGCCAUUAGAUUAAAUUUGGCGCUGAUUUUUCAAUUUAAAAAAAAAACUGGUGUCAGUUCCACAUAUCUUUUUUCAUCAGAUUCUACAGAUGAUGGUAUUUCUCCAACAGUUCUAGGCAUUAUUGGUGCCUUAGUAGCUAUAAUAGCGGCGAUGGUCAUUGGAAUUGCUAUUUAUUGUUUAAUGAAAAGAAGAAGAUCGGAAGAAAAGGAAAAGAAUGAAAAAACUGUAACCUACAACCGAAGGUCUAAUGGAACUCCGAAUCCUGAGGCCUCAGCAAAUGCCAAUCUCCCAAAUGGCAACAGUGGCGUUGAAACUGCAGCGUAUUACGUGAACGUUCCAGAUCAAAGUAACAAUGAAGAACAAGGUCCAUAUGCGUCUUUAGAUGAUGAUUUAACACCUCCUGUUUAUGAAACUCUCAAAUGA